GGCUGUCAUUUCCGUUGCGGGCUGACAGUGGCGAAGCAGGUCAGCGGCUGCCUGAGUUGGCGGUCAAGAUGGCACUACCGGACCUCAGUUCGCUGAGUCUCCAGCAACUGAAUGAACUGCUGGAGGACGAGGAGAAGCUGAAUAAGAUGGCGGAGCAGCAGGAGGAGGUACAGAAUAUUCAACCAAAUAAAGACAUGAGUCUUGCUAGUAACCGUAGUCUAGCAGAACAGAAUUUGCAGUUUCAUCCCAAAUUGGACAACUUGAAACUUCAAUUGACGAGGAAAUAUCAACAACUCCAGACACUGUUUGAAGCAUAUCAGAUGAGGAAAUCAAGAUUAGAAAGGCAAUCCAGUGGUGCUUCCCUAGACACACUACUUGCACUCCUGCAGACAGAAGGAGCAAAAAUUGAAGAGGAAACUGAGAUCAUGGCUCAAGACUUUCUAGAUGGUGAAGUACCCUUGGAUGUGUUUAUUGAGCAGUAUCCAACAAAACGAAAACUGGCACAUCAACGGCGUGUAAAAAUUGAGAAGCUGCAGGAAAUGGUCAUAAAAGGACCAAAGUUAAUCCGAACACGGUUACCCCAGCCACAAAAGCAACCUGAGCCAGCAGAAACAACCUGGAAUUCCAACUCUGCAGAAUCUAACACUCCCACAGUUGUGCCUCGGAGGGUUCCACCACUACCACCUCCUCAAGUUGGAGCCUCCCCCACUCCUUUUACAAGUGCAGCCCUAGGAGCAGUACCUUACCCUGUUCUUUACCCUCCCAUCCCACCAAGAUCAGGGAAUGUUGCUCCAACUUUCACAUCUCCACUACAAUACAGGCCACCUUGUCCUCUACCUGCCACUCAGAAAGCUGGACAACAUCCUCCUCAACCAGGCUUUAUUUUCCAGUAAUCCUGCAAAAUGGGUCCAGUGCAUUCUUAUGUGCAUAGAUAUUUCUGCAGCAUUCAAUGUUUGUGUACAGGAUCUGCACUUCUUUGAGGGAGAAUAAGGGUUUGUUGGUAGACUGCAGAUCAGAACCUUGCUCCUAUAUAACACUUCAUUGAGAAUUUCUUAAAUUACAUGCAGCCACAAAGUUCUAUUUUGUGAAGCAUUUUGGAUGGAAGACAAAACAUAAUGGGGCCUUUUUUUCUAACUUCUGAAUCUUUUCCUUCUGGAAUCCAUUGCACUUUUUGCAGGGACGUUUAGAAAUUCUUUAGCAGCAACUGCCACAAAAAUACCAAUGCUGAUGCAAGAAACUGAUUAUAAUUUACUAACAGUCAAUUAGCAUACCAUUUCUAGACAUGUAUUUACUGUUUCAGCUAGAACUUUCUUCUUUUUUAUAAAAGAAAGGUAUGUUUUCCCCUCUUUAAAACAAAAAACUGUGAUUGACCAUAGGCAUAGAUUGUGUAUAAAUAUAGCUUUUAUAGAAGGGCAACUUGAUCUGGAGUUUCAGGGCUCUGAGGUUUGUGCCUAUGUGAUUGGGUAUACUUUUCAUAAUCUUAAUACAUUUUUGUCCUGCUUUGAAGGAAGUGAUUUCAUUGUUUCAUUUAUUCCAACAAUAACAUUAUAGAUUUAUUGAAUCCUGAUUAUCUCUCAUUAAGUUCUAAGACUAGCUUUGAAUGUUUGUCUUGUACAUCCCACUUAAAACUAAAUAGUUCUUAUGACUAAAAAUAAACUUAUUUUGACAUUUGAUUUUUAGCUUUAAUGCUUCUGGUAGAAAAGUAGUCUUAAGGUUUUGUCAAAAUAGGUAGUUAUUCAUUAGCUGUUUUUGAUGCACCCUACCCUAGGAGACAAUACAAUAAUUCCUGGUUUUGCAACAGGGAUGUGUUCUUGGAAAACAUUAAGUGACAUUUCAUAAAUGGAAAAAGCUGUGUGAAAUGCAUUUUAAGUAUUUCAGUACAGUGUCUUCCUGUGUGGGGAGAGUGGCAGACUUUUCAUUAUAACAAUGUUUCACAAAUUGAAGAUUUGUACCCACGAGUCAACAAUAUUAUAGCAAAAAAAUUUGUAUGUUUAUAAAUUGAGGAUUUCUUAAAUGUUACUGUUGAGUUGCAAACCUGCUCUACAUUUGUUGGGAGGGAAAAAUAGUAUGCUACAAUUACACCUUAGGGCCAUUUUCAAAACAAACUGGAUUUUGUUUGGUUAAUAGGUACAAUGAAACAUAAUUUAAAAUUGUGAAUGUCAACAGUUUUAGAAAUGAAGUGUUGGAUAAUUUUUCCAAUGUGUAUUAGGGAAAAAAUACUGAUUAUUUUAAAUUGGUAAGCUGUGUUAUAUAUUUCUAUCCUUUGUAUCUGCAUACUGAAACAGUUCUAUUUAGGGCUCUAAACAGAUGGACUACUUUAUUUAUUUGCAAACUCGAAGUGUCAUCUGUGGCUGUAUGUUAUGUGCCUUAGCAAUAUUCAUUGAGGGACAAUUGGAAGUGUUACUUGUGGUGUUCUAGAGGGUAGCACCAUAAGUUUUCAUGUUUUUGUUCAAGGGUGAUGGAGUGUUGCAGCUAAUCAAAAUAUUUGAUUUAUUUAAUCAAAAAUAACUAAAAAUUAAGCAAAUUAGUUGGUGGCAAUAUAACUUAUGCACUACUGCAAAUGACUGAAACUAAAACUUUCUCUUAACUGGUUUCCUGAAAUUACACAAAAUUACAUGUUUUUUGCCUCAUUCAUGACUUUGGUAAAGUGAUGUAGCAACACUUCAAACACUAUAGUUGGGUUUGCUUUUGAGUACACUUUUUAUAGGAUAACUUUGUUAAAUUAAGUUGCCUUGAAAGGGUCCCAAGAUUGUCUACUACAGCUCCUCAUUCAUCGGUAACUAAACAUAACUUUUAUAAUAACUAACUGUGCCUACCACAGGGAAAAAUCCUACACUCCAAUUUCAGAUGUUUUAACUAAAAUGUUUGAUAGUACAUUUGUACCGUCUUAUAGUUCAUGACUGCUGUUACUAAUGUAGUGGUGAGCUAAAAAAGUUACCUCAGAAUAUUUUAAUCAUGUUCUAUUAAUAAAAUGUAUUGUACAAUAUCCAUUUUCCCAUGCCUUUGCUUUCAAUUUUGCUUUGUGAAAGAUUGUCUCUAAUUACUGUGUGAAUCAGAAUUUGAUUUGCUAGAUUCAAGUAACUAAAGUUGCAUUUGAGUAGUUCUCCUGUAGUAAAAGUUGAAUGUCACCUGGUUCUUGCAUUUUCUUUGGAAGAUAAACUCUUAAAUUCUACCUUGAUCAUAAUUGAGACUUUUUUUAAUCCAUUCUAUAUUUGUAAAAAUGGUGUCAAGUAUGGAAAAGGGAAUUUAGUUACAAAUAACACAUUUCCAUUCUCAGUGAAACUUUGUUAAUUCUGACCAAUAACUCUGAGAACUCUGUGUAUUAAGUAACUGUGUGUGUGCUUGUAUAUAUUAAAAAAAUUCUAUUGA